GUGGUGAUUCUUUUGUACAAGACAAGGUCGAAGAAGCUGUUAGAUUUACACAGACAGAUAAAAGUGGACUUUCCGUACAUACCAGUCAUAGGACAUGCUUAUAAGUUUAUCGGGAAUAAUGAAGGUCGCAUGAUGAUGUUCGACGAGCUUGCUCGGCAAGCUUACACAAACAAGCAUGGCAUGGCGAGCUUUUGGAUAGAGAAUUACUUAUGCAUUUCAAUAUCAGAUCCUGUGACCGCAAGUGUAGUGCUGAAAACUUUCUCCGAUAAGUGGCCGAUCACACUGCCGAUGCGUCACCUUAUUGGCAACGGAUCGGUCUUUGGGGAAGAAGAAAUAUGGCGUCUUCGACGAAAAAUUCUUAUUCCAGUAUUCAACUCCAAAUAUUGUGAUAAUUUUGUGAAAAUCUUUGAACGAAACAACAAAGUAUUGAUGGAGAAGCUGACUUCUGUUGUGGGCAAAGGAGACUUUUCCACGUGGGAAUAUUUCAGUGCCUACACACUGGACUCUGCUUUUGAUAUGACUUUUGGCGAAAACUUGGAAGUUCAGAAGAAUCCAAAUCAUCCAUUCGCCGUAGCAUUUCAGGAUUAUUUUAAACACGGUGCAGCGCGAGUGUGCCAGCCGUGGCUUUACUGUAACGCGCUAUACGAGCUGACGCCCGCGGGCGCCAAACAGAACCGCAACAAGAAAGUCAUUUGGGAUUGUGUUGAGAACCUGAUUAAAAAGAAAAAGACGUUAUCCAAAGGACCACUCGAAAGCACAACGGAACACGACACUAAAAAUACCCAUGAUGAACAAUUUAAAUCUUUUUUGGACCUUUUGAUCGAAUUCUCUGGUGGAGAAGCCGGCUACACAGACACUGAGCUCCGGGAAGAGACGUUGGUGCUGAUCCUAGCGGCCACUGACAGCACUGCCACUGCUCUAUGCCUCGCUACCGUAAUGCUGGCGAACCACCCUGAAGUACAAGACAAGGUUUAUCAAGAGAUUAAGGAAGUUUUAGGUGAUUCAGAGAGAUCGCUGGACAACUUGGCGAAGCUGAAGUACCUGGACGCCGUGGUGAAGGAGACCAUGCGCCUCUACCCGCCCGCGCCCGUCACCGUCAGGAGGUGCAACAAGGAUUUGGAGCUACCUUCUGGGCUUGUCCUCAACGAGGGCUGCUACUUUCUCCUGAACUUCUGGGGCGUGCACCGCAACCCUGGCUGCUGGGGCGCGGACGCGGACGAGUUCAAGCCGGAGCGCUUCCUCAGCGCCACGCCCGACCAGCUGGCGGCCUUCAUGCCGUUCGGCCACGGACCACGAAGCUGCACCGGCUUACAGUUGGCUUUAACAUCAAUCAAGUUUUCUCUGGUGGAACUGACGCGUCGUUAUCGGCUCGCGCCUGCCGCGAGCUACGAGUACAGCCCGAAGACGCCACUGCGGGUCACCUUUGACAUCAUGCUGAAACAUGUACACCAGUUCAAAGUGCAGUUGGAGAACAGACACUGA